AAUGCGGGAGAGAGCAGGAAAAAUAAGACGGGGAAAAAUCCGCCCGUGAGGGGACAGGUUCUGCUCGUGGCACAGAGCAAACGGGCUUGCCUUUUUUUUCCUUGCUGCCUUUUUUUUUUUUUUUAACACACACAUUAUAUUUUGUAUUUUCUUCUCGCCGAGAGGAUUCAGCCGCCUGGAAAGCGCAUGUGAAAAGAGCAGCAGCAAGGAGAGGGGAGGAAAAAAAAGGGGGGGGUUUGGCUUGGACCCCCCCGCCCCAGUGCGGGAGGAAGGACCCGCGGCGGCCGGAGGGCGAGGAGCUGCGGCGGCCGGCGAGGGAAGGGACCGGGGCUGCGUGACCCCCGCGGCGCGGGGGGAGAGGCGAGGAAGAGACGUUUCCCGAUCCUCCCCGCCGAGGAUUUAGGGAGGUUUCCGCGCCUGGAGCCCGUGCCUUUGGAUCUAAAGAGGAUUAUUAUUUUUUGGGGGUGGCACUGAAGCUGGAUUUGUUCCUGUGCGUGCGGCGCGGGGGGGGGCAUUUCUGCUGCCUCUAGAGGAGCCGGCGGCCCGGCCGUGGCGCGGAGAUCCCCGCGGAUCGCUCCGCACCCCCCGGGAAAGGUGCGCCGAGGGGAUCGGCGGGGGGCGGGGGAGGAGAGGCAGCUGCAGCUGCCGGGGAGGAGGCCCGGCGGAGCGGCAGCAAAGUCAUCGCUAUCGGCCCCCCCUCGGCUGGCUUCGGGCUCGGCGCUCUCCAUGUCUCUGGCUCUGGGCAGCGGCCGCCACAGCAGCGAGUAGGGGGGGAGGAGGAGGAGGAGGAAGAAGAAGGGAGCCCGGGAGUGCCUCCCUCCCUCCCUCCCUCCCUCCCCCGGCAGCCCCGGCCGCCUCCCGUCCCCUCGCCCCGCGUCCCUGCCUUCCCCUCCCCAAGAUGGGCUGUUUAGGGAACAGCAAGACGGAGGAUCAGCGCAACGAGGAGAAGGCGCAGCGGGAGGCCAACAAGAAGAUCGAGAAGCAGCUGCAGAAGGACAAGCAGGUCUAUAGGGCCACGCACCGGCUCCUCCUGCUGGGUGCUGGUGAAUCCGGUAAAAGCACAAUAGUCAAGCAGAUGAGGAUCCUGCACGUGAAUGGAUUUAAUGCUGAGGAGAAGAAAAUGAAAAUUCAGGAUAUUAAAAACAAUAUUAAAGAAGCUAUAGAGACAAUAGUGACAGCAAUGGGCAAUUUGGCACCUCCAGUGGAACUAGCCAAUCCAGAGAACCAGUUUCGAAUCGACUACAUCUUAAAUUUAGCAAACCAGAUAGACUUCGAUUUCCCUCCGGAGUUUUAUGAACACACAAAAACCCUGUGGCAGGAUGAAGGUGUGAAAGCCUGCUACGAGAGAUCCAACGAGUACCAGCUGAUUGACUGUGCCCAGUAUUUUCUAGACAAGAUUGACAUAGUCAAACAGAAUGAGUACACCCCAUCUGACCAGGAUCUUCUCAGAUGCAGAGUUUUGACAUCAGGAAUUUUUGAAACCAAGUUUCAGGUCGAUAAAGUAAAUUUUCAUAUGUUUGAUGUUGGAGGGCAACGAGAUGAACGCCGAAAAUGGAUCCAGUGUUUUAAUGAUGUGACUGCUAUCAUAUUUGUGGUGGCCAGCAGUAGCUACAACAUGGUGAUACGAGAGGACAAUCAAACCAACCGGCUGCAGGAGGCACUAAACCUCUUCAAGAGUAUCUGGAACAACAGGUGGCUACGGACCAUUUCAGUAAUCCUUUUCCUGAAUAAACAAGAUUUGCUAGCAGAGAAAGUUUUGGCAGGGAAAUCUAAAAUUGAAGACUACUUUCCAGAAUUUGCUCGCUACACUACACCAGAUGAUGCAACACCAGAGCCUGGUGAGGAUCCCAGAGUUACAAGGGCCAAGUAUUUUAUUAGAGACGAGUUUCUUAGAAUCAGCACAGCAAGUGGAGAUGGAAGGCACUACUGCUACCCUCACUUCACGUGUGCCGUGGACACAGAGAACAUCCGCAGGGUUUUCAAUGACUGUCGGGACAUUAUUCAGCGCAUGCACCUUCGCCAAUACGAGUUGUUGUGAUGGAGAGCACUUUUUUCUGUGUUUUGGACUCCUUAUUCCUUAUUAAAAAAAGAAAAAAAACACCCUUGCCCACAUAGGGUGGAAGAGAACUGUUUGAAUCUCCCAUUGAUUUGCACCCCUCAACUUUUUCUCCUUGCUGGACAAUAGCAGCACUUCUAAGCUUGCUUCUGUACCCCUCGGACAGUUUGAGAUGGCCCCUAACACUUAAAAGGCCAUUUCCAUGAGGAUUCCCUAACGCUGUUAUUAACAAAAAAGAGAGAAAAAAAACCCAAACCAUACAAAAAAAAGAAAUAAAACCUAAUUAAUUAAAAGCCCUGAAUGUGGAGCACCUGAAAGAAUUGGGGAUGAAAAAAAAUUAAACGUUGAAACAAAAAUUGGGGGAGAGAAAACUUUAGGUAAUUUAGCACUGCUGUGGGCAUAAUCCUAUAACCCGUGAUCUCCACUUUGUAUCACUCACUGCAUCCGAGUAACGAAGGUGCCAAGUCACAGACCAAGUUUGAAGACAGACCCUUGAGUUUGGUUCUCUGACUGUAAUGUGGCUUUGGGCGGAAAUACUGACAAUUCUCCAGCAGACCUAGACAGUGCAAAAACCAACUGCUACCUUUCAGAAGGGUAUUUUUAAAACCAGUCUUGGUGGUCUAAAGACAACCAUGGACAUUUAAGAAUUGAACUGCGUAUGGCCUGUGAUUGCAGAAAGAGUUAACCACACACUGUUUUCAGUUUGUCCACUGAUGAUCCCGUCUGCUCUAAAAAUCAUUAUCUAGACUGUAGUCCUCACAGUCUUUCCCUUCUUUUUCUUCUUCCCUUCCCUCAUUUUUUAUUUUACUGCUGGAUUAUUAUUCUUGUACAGACUGUAAAAUGUAUUAUUUUGUACAACUUUAUUGAAAAUAACUUGUAGAAGAUCUUUGUGCCUUGAUUAUGGCUGUACCUGUACAAUGAGCUAAGAUGUAAGUAUGUUUGAUUGCGCUGUACAGCUUUGUCAACCCUAUCUGCAGCAUUAGCUCAAGGUAGGGAAAAUUUAUCUGUAGUUUAGUUUUUCUGGUUUAUAAAAGAAGGAAAAAUACUGUUUAGUAAAAAAAAAAAGGAAAAAAAAGGAAAAAAAAAAGAAAAAAGUACAAAUUGUGCAAACUUAACCACUUUAAAAGUGAGGUCUUCAACAAGUGACCAGAUGUUGCAGCAUCGUGCUUUUUAAUUUUUAGCUUUAAUUCAUUUAAAUCUCUAUCCAAAUGCAAAACAUGGCUUGUUUCUACAUAAAACCAAAUUUUGCUACAAAUUAUCAAUGUUAGUCUUUGGUCAUUCAUAGUCCUUUUUUUGCUAAAGACAAAAAAAAAUAAAAACCAGAACAAUAACAGACACGUAGGGCAUCAUGCAGGUCUGGUGACCAUCUCUAGACUGGGCCAAAUACCCACCAACCUCGGCUUGCGCUGCGUGGGCAACGACAAGGAAUGACAAGGUGUGCACUGCCCUUGGAUUUGGCCACUGAAUUCCAGUUUCAAAUGACAUUUUUAUUUCUCUUUUAAUAAAGAGAUACUUUAGAACCUUUUUUUGUUUUAUAUUAACUAUAUAAGUAGCUUAAAAGUGAAGAUGUGUGGAUUUUUUCUUAAACUUGAAUAAUUUAUGCAAAUUAUAUGCUUAGAACAACAUGUGGUACAGUAAAAAGAAAAAAGAGCAAAAAUCACUGUAGCAAUAAGAGAGCAUGUAAUUUUAGUAACUACUACACUGCUUUAUAUUUUAUACCUAGGUGUUUUAUGUCUCUGUGAGUGUGUUACUUUUUCAUGUGUCUAAACCUACGUGUACAAUUUGUACAGAGUCAGAAAUUACAGCUGUAAUAACACAUCUAGAACAGUGUUAGCCUAUAUUACUCAAACACCCCUGUUCCCCCUUCAUUUACACCCCUAAACUGAUCUGGAUCUUAACUGCAGUGACUUUAAAAGGAAAAGAAACAAAAACAAACACCAAAAUUCUUGCCUCUUUGCCUUUCACACUAGCUUCCCUCCACCCAAGAGACUUUCUUUGUUUGGGAAGAGAUCCAGUUUAAAUCCAAGUGAGGCGUGGUCAGUGAUGUCUGUGCAGCUAGAUUUGCUUCAGGUAUCGGAUGCCUUUUCAAUACUAAGAACUGCAGCUGUUCAGAAUUGUGACUUUUCAUUUGCUUUUGUGGCUGAAGUCUUAAAAUGAAUCACACAGUCCAUUUUCACUGGAGAGCAGGGAUGUGAGGGAGUUACUAUCCCAUCUCAAUUCAGAAUUACUUCCAGAAGACACUGAAUAGCUGAAAAAUUUUAGCUGCAGUUGUUACUCGCCUUUCAAGAAUGAUCUUUCCUGUUCACAGGUUUAGACAGUUGCCACCUGAACUUUGUAGAAUUGUAGAAAACAUGACUGAAAAUAGGCCCCUCCAAUUCAGAAUGUAUCCAGUGCCUGUAAGUGAAGGGCUGGCGUUUCCACUAGCUAAAAAUGGGACACACAUAGUGAAAAGGAAAUUCAUUGUGAGCCUUAAUUUUAGUUACAGGAGCCAAAAUCUUUAUUUUAGUGCCAACCCUUAUCUUUUUAAGCCUAGGAGGAGUUGGUGUGAACACCAAAUUUAUAAAUGGAGAAAACCUGUAGUGGUGUGAGGAAUGUAAUCUCUUGUCUGAGAGAAACAAAGCACCUCCAUUUAAAAAAUUAACAAAAUAAGCUUCUUCCUCUGAUGAGGAGGACACAUAAUAACAAUGAGCUAUGUAAGACAGCAACAGAUUAAGAAACCUAAAGCUUUAUAUGAACAGAUAUGUUUAGGGGAUGGUUUGUUUUUUUUUUUUUCUUAUGUGAGGAAAAAGGCAAUUGUUUUGAAUAUGGUUGAGUUGCACAAGUACGGAGCGUGUGUGUGUCUUAAUGUCUCAGUAUUGCCUUUGUUAGUCUCUUUAUUAGUCCAUGCAGUUUGGUGGCCUGGUAAAUGCAAGUCUUAUUUUUAACAGCUUUCUUUUUCCCUUUUUUUUUUUUAAAUACAAAACCAUAAAGCUUUAAUGCUUGCUAUUUAAUAAGUGUGUUUUCUUCUGUCUCUAAUUUAGUGGCCAUAAUUUGCAGUUAAUUGAACCAUUCCAACCUAAUGCUUACCCAUAUUUCUUAGUUUUGUUUUAUUUAUUUAUUUGAACUUCUUGUUUUCAUGAUUGAGGACUGUCACUUCUGUCUCAUUCAUCUGUUUGGAAACUUCUGACCUUACAGCCAAAACUUAACUCAUUCUACUCAGUAUUCAUCGUGAUGCUGAAGUGUAAGAUACCUGCAAAUGUAAACACUACCACUUUUAUUAAUAAAAGCAAAUACAGUGUUUUUAGGGCACAUUUGCAUCCCUGUAGUUGAGGUUGUGUCAGUAUUUCCAUUGUAAACCUAUGGAGGGUUGGCACUAAACUGCCCUAAGCUGAAUCUUGGCCAUACAAGGCUUCUGCUCAAGCGUGAUUUUGGCGGGUUGAUUUUUCAACAGUUUCCAACACAAACUCUUGUUUCUGUUUUAAGUUAUUCAACUGUUUUGUUGGAUGGGGGUUGGUUUAAAAA